CGAGAAACAUCCGAUCCGAUCCGUUUAAUUGCUAGUGUGUGGUGCUUUGUGAUGAUCGAGAGGGGUGAUGGUGGGUUUGUCAUUUAGGAGGAUUUGUAGUUGGUAUGACCCACUUAUCACGUGGAAGAUGCAGCCUAAUGGCAAUCCUACAAGACAAAAAAAUGUCUUGCUGAUCAAGAUCAGAGAUUAUAGGAUCAUGGGGGACUCUUCUAGUGCUUCAUACAUACACAUGGUGCAGCACCUGAUAGAGAAGUGUCUGAUCUUCCAUAUGACUAAAGAAGAGUGCAUGGAAGCCCUUUCAAAACAUGCAAACAUCAAACCUGUCAUCACCUCCACUGUGUGGAAUGAACUGGAGAAAGAAAACAAGGAAUUCUUUGAGGCCUAUGCUGAGUCUAAGAGCAAAGCAGACGACCGAAUGUCGGAGGAAGAGACAAGCCGAAUGAUCCAGAAGAUGAUAUCGGAUUCGUCGACCAAGGAUUCCGACGACUGACAUGCCAUAUGAAAACGAUAUAUCCUUCCCUUUGUGUUCUGGUUGGUAGCCAGCCAGCUGGUUGCAGUACCUUAAAAACUCUUUACAUAGAGCCAAACACAAAGGUAUUAGAGUGAUCAGUACUUGUUUGUUACCGCGCCUGGUCCUCAACUCCCCCAUGCAUAUUAUAUCAAUUUAUACGGAAGAUCACGGAGUAUUUAGCAGUCCCCGGCCUCCCCCCCCACCCCCAAAUAAUUCGCUUGCAGUGACGAAUCAGAAGACGCCGCGUUACUGUAUUAUCUAAUCUCUGGGUAAAUAAAUCGGGAACAUUGUGAUUUAGUUAACUGAUCAAUUAGGGUGUGAGACUUAUCUGAGUGAGAUCUAUCAUAUGGUUCCACUCCAUGUGAGUAUGUUGUGUAAAAUAUAUUGUACAAGGAUUACUUCCCAUUUGUUAUUAUGAUCCAUGUGGCAUAUAUAUAUAUUAUGCUAAAGGAAUUACACCUUUAAUUAUAAUUUCUUUACAAA